UUAAGAGGUGUUGAGAUAAGACCAACCACAGCUCUCCGUGAAGAUGUCGGUUCUGAUAUCCCAGAGUAUCAUAAACUACGUGGAAGAGGAGAACAUUCCUGCUCUGAAAGCCCUUCUGGAGAAGUGCAAAGACGUGGAUGAGACAAAUGAGUGUGGCCAGACCCCGUUGAUGCUGGCUGCCGAGCAGGGCAAUUUGGAGAUAGUGAAGGAGCUGAUCAAGAAUGGGGCCAACUGCAACCUGGAAGACUUGGAUAACUGGACAGCACUUAUAUCCGCAUCCAAGGAAGGGCACGUGCACAUCGUGGAGGAGCUGCUCAAGUGCGGGGUGAACCUGGAGCACCGUGACAUGGGCGGGUGGACAGCUCUCAUGUGGGCCUGCUAUAAAGGCCGGACCGAGGUCGUGGAGUUGCUGCUUUCCUACGGAGCCAAUCCCAGCGUCACUGGUCUGCAGUACAGUGUUUACCCCAUCAUUUGGGCAGCGGGAAGAGGCCAUGCCGAUAUAGUGCAUCUGUUACUGCAGAAUGGGGCGAAAGUCAACUGCUCUGACAAGUACGGCACCACCCCCUUGGUCUGGGCUGCGCGGAAGGGCCAUUUGGAAUGUGUAAGACAUUUGUUGGCCAUGGGAGCUGAUGUGGAUCAAGAAGGAGCUAAUUCAAUGACUGCACUGAUUGUGGCGGUAAAAGGAGGGUACACACAGUCAGUGAAAGAAAUUCUGAAGAGGAACCCGAACGUGAACUUAACAGACAAGGACGGGAAUACAGCACUGAUGAUCGCGUCCAAGGAGGGGCACACGGAGAUCGUCCAGGACCUGCUGGACGCCGGCACAUAUGUGAACAUACCUGACAGGAGUGGAGACACUGUGUUGAUUGGUGCUGUCAGAGGUGGGCACGUGGAGAUUGUUCGUGCACUUCUCCAGAAGUACGCUGACAUUGACAUUAGAGGACAGGAUAAUAAGACUGCUCUGUACUGGGCUGUUGAGAAAGGAAAUGCCACAAUGGUGCGAGAUAUCUUGCAGUGCAACCCUGAUACUGAAAUAUGCACAAAGGAUGGUGAAACACCCCUUAUCAAGGCCACCAAGAUGAGAAAUAUUGAAGUCGUGGAGCUGCUGCUGGACAAAGGGGCGAAGGUGUCGGCUGUGGAUAAGAAAGGAGAUACUCCAUUGCACAUUGCCAUUCGUGGGAGAAGUCGGAGACUGGCAGAACUGCUUUUACGAAAUCCUAAGGACGGGCGGCUGCUCUAUAGGCCCAACAAAGCGGGCGAGACUCCAUACAACAUUGACUGCAGCCAUCAGAAAAGCAUCUUAACUCAGAUCUUCGGAGCCAGACACUUGUCUCCUACUGAAACGGAUGGUGACAUGCUUGGCUAUGAUUUGUACAGCAGCGCCCUCGCAGAUAUUCUCAGUGAGCCUACCAUGCAGCCCCCGAUCUGUGUGGGCUUGUACGCCCAGUGGGGAAGUGGGAAGUCUUUCCUACUCAAGAAACUUGAAGAUGAAAUGAAGGCUUUUGCGGGGCAGCAGAUUGCGCCUCUGUUUCAGUUUUCGUGGCUCGUCGUGUUUCUGACCCUGCUGCUGUGCGGAGGGCUUGGCUUGCUCUUCGCUUUCACAGUCGACCUCAAUCUGGGGAUCGCAGUGUCCCUGAGCUUCUUGGCUCUCUUAUAUAUAUUCUUUAUUGUCGUUUACUUUGGUGGACGAAGAGAAGGAGAAAGCUGGAAUUGGGCCUGGGUGCUCAGUACCAGACUGGCGAGACAUAUUGGCUAUUUGGAGCUCCUCUUCAAACUCAUGUUUGUGAAUCCGCCAGAACUGCCAGAGCAGACCACUAAAGCUUUACCUGUUCGCUUUCUGUUCACCGAUUACAACCGGCUGUCCAGCGUGGGCGGAGAAACCUCGCUGGCGGAAAUGAUCGCCACCCUGUCAGACGCUUGUGAGAGGGAGUUCGGCUUUUUGGCCACUCGGCUUUUUCGAGUAUUCAAGACCGAAGAGACUCAGGGUAAAAAGAAAUGGAAGAAAACGUGUUGCCUUCCAUCUUUCGUCAUCUUCCUUUUCAUCUUUGGCUGCAUCAUUGCUGGAAUCACUCUUCUGGCUGUGUUCAGAGUUGACCAGAAACACCUGACAGUGAACGCGGUGCUCAUCGCCAUGGCGUCUGUGGUGGGCCUGGCCUUGGUGCUCAACUGCCGGACGUGGUGGCAAGUGCUGGACUCGCUCCUGAACUCGCAGAGGAAGCGCCUGCACCACGCCGCCUCCCGACUGCACAAACUGAAGAGUGAAGGCUUCAUGAAGGUUCUCAAGUGGGAAGUGGAAUUGAUGGCCAGGAUGGCGAAAACCAUCGACAGCUUCACGCAGAAUCAGACGAGGCUUGUGGUGAUCAUUGAUGGCUUGGACGCGUGUGAGCAGGACAAGGUCCUCCAGAUGCUGGACACGGUCCGAGUUCUGUUUUCAAAAGGCCCAUUCAUUGCCAUUUUUGCAAGUGACCCGCAUAUCAUUAUCAAGGCAAUUAACCAGAACCUCAAUAGCGUGCUCCGUGACUCCAACAUCAAUGGACACGACUACAUGCGCAACAUCGUUCAUUUGCCUGUCUUCCUCAACAGUCGUGGCCUCAGCAGUGCCAGGAAGUUCCUUGUGAACUCAACAACAAAUGGGGACAUUCCGUGUCUGGACCCCACAGGGAUGCAAGAAGAUAUUGACAGAAGAGUUUCACAGAACAGCCUUGGAGAGCUGACAAAACUCGGCAGCAAGACCGCCCUCAAUAGACGGGACACUUACCGGAGGCGGCAGAUGCAGCGGACCAUCACCCGGCAGAUGUCCUUCGACCUCACGAAGCUGCUGGUCACUGAGGACUGGUUCAGUGACAUCAGUCCUCAGACCAUGCGGAGGCUGCUGAACAUCGUUUCUGUGACAGGCCGAUUACUGAGAGCCAAUCAAAUCAGUUUCAACUGGGACAGACUUGCCAGCUGGAUCAACCUGACGGAGCAGUGGCCCUACCGGACGUCCUGGCUCAUUCUCUAUUUGGAAGAAACUGAAGGGGUGCCUGAUCAGAUGACGCUGAAAACCAUAUACGAAAGAGUAUCAAAGAAUAUUCCAACGACUAAAGAUGUUGAGCCACUGCUUGAAAUUGACAGUGACAUAAGAAAUUUUGAAGUAUUUUUGUCCUCAAGGACCCCGGUCCUUGUGUCUCGAGAUGUGAAAACCUUCCUGCCCUGCACUGUGAACCUGGACCCCAAGCUGCGGGAGAUCAUCGCGGAUGUUCGUGCCGCGAGAGAACAGAUCAAUAUUGGAGGACUGGCGUAUCCCCCGCUCCCUCUCCACGAAGCUGCCCCGCGGGCGCCCUCCGGGUACAGUCAGGCUGCGUCGGUCUGCUCGUCCUCUGCCUCCUUCAAUGGGCCCUUUGCUGGCGGGGUGGUCUCCCCGCAGCCGCACAGCAGCUACUACAGCGGCCUCACGGGCCCCCAGCACCCGUUCUACAACAGGCCAUUCUUUGCCCCCUACCUUUACACGCCAAGGUAUUACCCUGGCAGUUCCCAACACCUCAUCUCCCGCUCAUCCGUAAAAGCGAGUUUGCCCAGGGAUCAGAACAAUGGCCUAGAGGUUAUCAAGGAGGAUGCUGCCGAGGGGCAGGCUGUGCCCGCAGACCCCUCGCGGGGAUGUGGCCCUGCCUCGGGAGCGGCGGCGUUGCACGCGAUGAACGUGGAGGCCGUGUGUGAGAAACUGAAGCAAAUUGAGGGCCUGGACCAGAGCCUGGUGCCUCAGUACUGCACGACCAUCAGAAAGGCAAACAUAAAUGGUCGUGUAUUAGCUCAAUGUAACAUUGAUGAACUAAAGAAAGAGAUGAAUAUGAAUUUCGGAGACUGGCACCUUUUCCGAAGCACAAUACUGGAGAUGAGAAAUGCAGAAAGCCAGGUGGUCCCUGAAGACCCACGUUUUCUUGGCGAGAAUGCCGGCGGCUCUGUGGCCCAUGGUGAGCCUGCCCGUCGCUCCUCACACAACGAGCUGCCUCACACCGAGCUGGCCAGCCAGGCCCCCUACACACUCAACUUCAGCUUUGAGGAGCUGAACACCCUGGGCCUGGACGAGGGGGCCCCGCGCCACGGUCACCUGAGCUGGCAGUCCCAGACUCGCAGAACCCCAAGUCUCUCGAGCCUCAACUCCCAGGAUUCCAGCAUCGAAAUUUCAAAGCUGACCGAUAAGGUGCAGGCUGAGUAUAGAGACGCCUACCGCGAGUAUAUCGCUCAGAUGUCCCAGCUGGAAGGGGGCCCGGGGUCCACCACACUGAGUGGCAGGUCGUCUCCGCAUAGCAUGUCCUACCUGGGGCAGAGCUCCUCCGGGGGCUCAAUCCAUUCCAACCUAGAACAAGAGAAAGGCAAGGAGAGUGAGCCCAGACAGGAGGAUGGGAGGAAGGCCUUCCUCCUGAAGCGGGCUGACGUCCUCGACUACUCCUCCUCGGGGGUGUCCACCAGCGACGCCUCGCCCCUGGACCCCAUCACAGAGGAGGACGAGAAGUCGGAUCAGUCAGGCAGCAAGCUGCUGCCAGGCAAGAAGGCCUCGGAGAGAUCCAGUCUCUUCCAGACAGACCUGAAGCUGAAGGGAGGUGGCCUGCGCUACCAGAAGCUGCCGAGCGACGAGGAUGAGUCCGGGCCAGAGGAGUCAGACAAGACCCCCCUGCUGAGGGACGACAAGGACGCGUCUGUGGCAGGGAGGGCAGAGCGGGCGGCCAGGUCCCCGGAACACGGCGCCGAGCCAGGCCGCACCUUCAUCAAGGCCAAGGAGUACUUGUCCGAUGCCCUGCUGGACAAGAAGGACUCUUCCGAUUCCGGCGUGCGCUCCAACGAGAGCUCCCCCAACCACUCUCUGCACAAUGAUGCGGCUGACGACGGCCAGCUGGGGAGGGCCAACCUCAUCGAGCUCGAGGACGACGGGCGCAGCGCCGGGCGGGGCAUGCCGCACAGCCUGAGCAGCCUGCAGGACCCGGGCCUGGCCCGCAUGUCCAUUUGCUCCGAAGACAAGAAAAGCCCCUCAGAAUGCAGCUUGAUUGCCAGCAGCCCCGAAGAGAACUGGCCAACGUGCCAGAAGGCAUACAAUCUGAACCGAACGCCCAGUACCGUGACUCUGAACAACAACAGCACCCCGACUACCCGAGCCAACCAGAAUUUUGACGAAAUGGAGGGGAUUAGGGAGACCGUGCCGGUCAUUCUGAGGCCCAGUUCUGGUCCCAACCCCACCGCUAUUCAGAAUGAAAAUCUCAAAGGCGUGGCACAUAAGCGGGGCCAGCGUGCGAGCUACAGCAGGCUGUCCAAGGAGGCCUCGGAGCUACACGCCGCCGCCUCUCCGGAGAGCACAGGCUUUGGCGAAGAGAGAGAGAGCAUUCUGUAAGAAGAACAGGCCCCCUCCUGGCAGCGUCGUCCCAGAUCCAGAACCCACACGCCACCCGUGUGUGUGUCAUCCCCACAGAGAGAUGUGUGCAGUGCGCUAGUGGCCGUGAGGCUUCGCCAGCCUGGU